AUGGGGAUCUCAGAGGCUAUUUCAGAUUUUGAUUCCAAAAUAAAUGAAUUAGAAUUGAAGUCACAAGGAGCUGCCUUUUCUCAGCAAGAUAGGGACCAACUAAUGUUUUUCAGAAAUGAGUUAUGGAGACUGCAUAGAAUAGAGGAGAGCAUUUGGUGCCAAAAGUCUAGAGUGAAGUGGGUCAAAGAGGGAGAUAGGAACACAAGGUUCUUCCAUUUAAGUGCCUUGAACAGAAACAGAAUUAAUGAAAUUAACUCCUUGAAGGUGGAGGGUGUGGAAUUGACAGACACAGCUCACAUUAAGUCUCAUGUCUCGGAUUUUUUCAAAAGAUUUUAUAGUACGAUUACUACACUGGAAGUGGGGGGUUUUGAUCUGAUUUUUGCAAUGCUAUCUACUGAGCAAAGAGAUAGUCUUGAGGAAAUUUUUUCAGAAAAGGAAGUUUGGGUAGCAAUCUCUUCAUCAGCUAGUGAUAAAGCACCUGGACCAGACGGAUUUACUAUGGGUUUUUUCAAGAAGUAUUGGCCUAUGUUCAAGGAGCAGAUCAUGAAGUUCGUCUGUGACUUUUAUAGGGCAGAAAAUGGGAUCACGGGGUUAAUCAUGCAUUCAUCUCCCUAA